UUAUUUUGACAGGAGCGGCCGGUUACAAUGUGGGCGGGGGACAGGCAGGGAUGUACAUGAAUCUUAACGGCGGUGACAACUACCAGAGUAGUGAUAAUUCGGUAGGAGACAAUGUCCAAAAUCAGGUGAAUGCAUUGAGGCAUGUCAUUUCACAGUCUGGUGGUUAUAGUAGCGACAGCAUGCACAGUACGCCAGCCUCCAUGUAUGAACAACAUAUGAACCAACAGAUUACGCCACACACUCGUAGUCAAAAUGGUUCCCCUCACGACCAAAAACCAGAAGACAGUACUGAUAGUUGGUGCGCAGGUGCUUUUAUGCAGGGCUUGGAUGGAGAGGGAGAGAAUUAUGAUGGCGCCGGGGAUGAACCAGGAUUAAAACGCCCGAAAAUUUAGUUACUUUAUGAUUGUAUCGUGACAAUUCCAAGUUCUUGCCAGAAUCAAAUAGUAAACUUUCUUUUGUGUGUGGUGUUUUCGGGUGUAAAGUCUUAACUUUGUUUUUAAAAAAGUCUGGUGUCUUUGUAAAGUUAAAUUUUCCAGUGGUCAAAAUAGAAAACAUUGUUCACGUAGAUAGUUAUCUGCAGUGGUGUUUAUAAAAAAAAUCAAGUGCUUAGUACAUGUAUCUUGAAUCGGUAGUUUUAUUAUAUUCAAAGACCAAAGACAGGACUUCUUUAAAUUCAUUUUGAUGCCUAAUUUUAUUUAAGCCUUUUACAUGUAUACCAAAUGAUGAUUUGAUUUUAGUUUAAUUGUUUUUUUAAAUGUAGAUGCUUUAUAAAGAUGUUGUGCAUGAAGUGUUGUGCUGAGAAGACUAUACUAUAGAAACACAAUCGGUUGUGAAAAUUUGAUUCUUUUUAUUUUGUAAGUUGUUUUCAAAGGUAUUAAUUAACCGUAGGUUACAGAAAAAUUACAAAAUCUUAUUGAUUGUAACUGUGACAUCCCAAGAAAAGAGCAUGUAUUCAGCUUAUAUUAACAUGAUUGCAUAUAUGCUGCGUAGAUAUGUUUAUUUUGUUUGUGCAUAUCAAGUGUUAAGUAAAUAAAAGUUGACCAACAGUUAUCCUGAUAUAGUAAAUAUCGUAUCAAAAAAAUGUUCCAAAAUUCGCUGUAUGAAAAUAAAUGAUUAAAACUUC